AUGAUCGUGGCCCCCACCGCCAGCGCGCGGCCCGCGGCCGGCCGCGUCGCCAGCGUGAAGGCGCCGUCUGCACGCCGCGUCGCCCCCGCGCGUCAGCAAGCCCGCGACCUGCGCGCGCGCUCGUCGAAUGACCCCAUCGACACCCUCAAGGCCGAGAACGAGCUCAUCAAGAAGACCCUCGAGGAGGCGCGCAGCUCCGUGAAGGUCCUGGAGCAGGAGGUCGGGGACUCGGUGGCCAUCGCGGCGGAGAACCUGAACGCGUCGGAUGCCGCGCCGGAGGACAUCUGGGCGCCGUCGCGGUCCAAGGGCCCGCUGACGCCGAUGAAGGACGCGUACGGGCAGAUCGAGCCGGUGCCGGGGCACGACGGGACGGAGUGCAUCAAGUGGGACGACACGCUCUGGUCGCACGCGGGCCACUUCCGGUACCGCUGGGACGUGUACAAGGGCGUGCGGCACGGGAUCGAGGCGAACGAGGGCGGGUUCGAGAAGUUCUCGCGCGCGUACGAGUUCUACGGGCUGAACCGCGGCACGCACGAGGGCAAGACGGGCCUGUGGUACCGGGAGUGGGCGCCCGGCGCCAAGGCGGUGGCGCUGAUCGGCGAGUUCAACAACUGGGAGCCGCGCGACACGGACUGGGCGUUCAAGAACGAGUUCGGCACGUGGGAGCUCUUCCUGCCGGACAACCCCGACGGGACGCCGCAGGUGUGGCACCGGUGCAAGGUCAAGGCGCGCGUCGAGCAGUGCUCGGGCGCGUGGGUGGACCGCAUCCCGGCGUACAUCAAGUGGGCGACGCAGGACGACGGCGAGAUCCUCUUCAACGGCGUGCACUGGGAGCCCUCGGAGGAGGGCAAGCCGGGCGAGGCGGACCCGGACAAGAAGUACGUCUUUGCGCACCCGCGCCCGGAGAAGCCGCGCUCGCUGCGCAUCUACGAGUGCCACGUCGGCAUGUCGUCCGAGGAGCCCAAGGUCAACUCGUACACGGAGUUCCGCGAGAACGUCCUCCCGCGCAUCCGCAAGCUUGGGUACAACGCCAUCCAGAUCAUGGCCAUCCAGGAGCACGCCUACUACGGGUCGUUCGGGUACCACGUGACGAACUUCUUCGCGCCGUCGUCGCGGUGCGGGACGCCCGAGGAGCUCAAGGCGCUCAUCGACGAGGCGCACAAGUACGGCAUCACGGUGCUGAUGGACAUUGUGCACUCGCACGCGUCGAAGAACGAGAACGACGGGCUGAGCAACUGGGACGGCACGGACCACUUCUACUUCCACUCGGGCGGCCGCGGGUACCACUGGGUGUGGGACUCGCGCUGCUUCAACUACUCGAACUGGGAGACGCUGCGCUUCCUGCUCUCCAACGCGCGGUACUGGAUGGAGGAGUUCAAGUUCGACGGGUUCCGGUUCGACGGCGUGACGUCGAUGCUGUACACGCACCACGGCCUCGGCGUCGGCUUCACGGGCAACUACGACGAGUACUUCGGCAUGGCGACGGACGGCGACGCCGUGGUGUACCUGAUGCUGGUCAACACGAUGGUCAAGGGGCUGUACCCGAACGCGGUGACGGUCGGCGAGGACGUGUCGGGCAUGCCGAGCUUCUGCCGGCCGUGGCAGGAGGGCGGCGUCGGGUUCGACUACCGCCUGAACAUGGCGGCGCCCGACAUGUGGAUCGAGACGAUGCAGACGGACGACUGGAACUGGGGCAUGGGCCACAUCACCUUCACGCUCACCAACCGCCGGUACGCCGAGGCCGUCGUCGGGUACGCCGAGUCGCACGACCAGGCGCUCGUCGGCGACAAGACGCUGGCCUUUUGGCUGAUGGACGCCGACAUGUACGACUACAUGGCGGCGCCCGGGUUCGGCGACUCGAGCCCCGCGGUCGACCGCGGCCUCGCGCUGCACAAGAUGAUCCGCAUGAUCACCAUGUGCCUCGGCGGCGAGGGCUACCUCAACUUCAUGGGCAACGAGUUCGGCCACCCCGAGUGGAUCGACUUCCCGCGCGUGUCCUUCACGGACCCGUCGACGGGCAAGUUCGUGCCGGGCAACGGCGGGUCGUUCCACCUGUGCCGCCGCCGGUGGGACCUCGUCGACGCGGGCUACCUCAAGUACCAGUUCUUCAACAACUGGGACCGCGCGAUGCAGCACCUCGACAAGGCGUUCGGGUUCAUGACCGCGCCGCACACGUGGAUCUCGCGCAAGGACGAGGGCGACAAGAUGGUCGUCAUCGAGCGCGGCGACCUCGUGUUCGUCUUCAACUUCCACCCCGUCAACAGCUACACCGACUACCGCGUGGGCUGCUUCCACGAGGGGCCGUACAAGAUGGUGCUCUCGACGGACGAGGAGGUCUUCGGCGGGUUCCAGAACGUCACCGCCGCCAACGGGCCGGAGUUCCACACCAUGUCGGGCGACUACGACAACCGCCCCAACUCGUUCCAGGUGUACGCGCCCUCGCGGACGUGCACCGUGUACGCGCCGGCCGAGUGGGUCGACGCCAAGGACUCGGUGCCGGGCCUGUACGUCAAGGGCCUCGGACCCUACCCGGCCAUCCCGUAA